AUGGAACAACAAAGGAUAUUGACUCAAUACAAAGCACAAAUGGCCAUCCAAGCAAUCAGAACAGGUGAUACAUGUCUCUCUGUUGAGUAUAUGCCAGUUUGGGGUGCGAUCUCCCUUGCUUCGGCUGCUCUGUUAGGAUGGGUUUUGGCUUUACAGAAAAUGUUUCCUUCAAUUUUACGUGAUUUUGCCAAGGUUAAAGCACCCAAUCGAAUUAUGCAAUUGCACCUUGAUCAAGUGAUGAUGGGAACAAUCUUAUUGUGUUCUUCUACUGCAUUUCCAAAUCUGCCGCAUUUUGUCGCUCAACCGUUAACGUUUGGUUGUUUGAUGAACCCUUUGGGCUUUUUACCUCUGAUAUUCUUUCCCUCUUGUGAUAAAAUACUCAUCUACAGAGGUGGGAUUGGGAUCUCUUUCGUUUCAUCGACUAUUGGAUUUGUUGGAUUGGCAUGGUUUGCAAUACAAGAUCGUAUAUUAAAUCAAUGA